AUGGGCUUGAAGGGUGACGAUAUCGCGAAGCACAACAGUGCCGACUCUUGCUGGGUCAUUGUUCACGGCAAAGCUUACGAUGUGACGGACUUCUUGCCUGAGCACCCCGGUGGCUCAAAAAUCAUCCUCAAGUACGCCGGCAAAGAUGCGACGGAAGAGUUCGACCCCAUCCACCCGCCCGACACCCUCGACAAGUACCUCGAGCAGUCCAAGCAUCUUGGCCCCGUCGACAUGACUUCUGUAGUGGCUGAGGAGAAGGAGGAGGACCCCGAAGAGAUUGAGCGCUUGGAGAGGGUUGAGCAGAAGCCACUGUUGUCCCAAUGUUACAACCUGAUGGACUUCGAGGCCGUAGCACGCAGAGUCAUGAAGAAGACGGCUUGGGGAUACUACUCGAGUGCAGCCGACGACGAAAUCACAUUGCGCGAAAACCACGGUGCCUUCCACAGAAUCUGGUUCAGGCCGCAGAUCCUCGUCGACGUCGAAAAGGUAGACUUCACCACCACCAUGCUCGGCGCAAAGGUCGACAUGCCCUUCUACGUCACCGCCACCGCCCUCGGCAAGCUGGGCCACCCCGAGGGCGAGGUCCUCCUCACCCGCGCCUCCCGCAAGCACAACGUCAUCCAGAUGAUCCCGACGCUGGCCUCGUGCUCCUUUGACGAGCUCAUGGACGCCGCCGAGGGCGACCAGGUGCAGUGGAUGCAGCUCUACGUCAACAAGGACCGCGAGAUCACAAAGAAGAUUGUGCAGCACGCCGAGGCGCGCGGCUGCAAGGGCCUCUUCAUCACCGUCGACGCGCCACAGCUGGGUCGUCGCGAGAAGGAUAUGCGGUCCAAGUUCACCGACCCGGGCGCCAACGUGCAGUCGGGCCAGGCGACGGAUCAGAGCCAGGGUGCUGCUCGCGCCAUUUCGUCUUUUAUCGACCCGGCCCUGUCGUGGAAGGAUAUCCCCUGGUUCAAGUCCAUCACCAACAUGCCCAUCAUCCUGAAGGGUGUGCAGCGUGUUGAGGACGUCGUCAAGGCUAUCGAGGCCGGUGUCCAGGGUGUUGUGCUCUCCAACCACGGUGGUCGCCAGCUCGACUUUGCCCGGUCCGGCAUUGAGGUCCUCGCCGAGACGAUGCCGGUGCUUCGCCGCAUGGGCUUGGAGAACGCGAUUGAGAUCUACAUUGACGGCGGUGUCCGUCGUGCUACCGAUAUAAUCAAGGCGCUGUGCCUCGGUGCCAAGGGUGUCGGUAUCGGCAGACCUUUCCUGUACGCCAUGGCCGGCUACGGCUUCGACGGUGUCGAUCGCGCUAUGCAGCUGCUCCGCGACGAGAUGGAGAUGAACAUGCGUCUUAUUGGUUGCACGAGCAUCGAUCAGCUCAACCCGUCGCUUAUCGAUACGCGGAGUCUGUUCAACCACGGCUCUACGCCCUCUGACAACCUUAUGGGUGCUGUGUACGACCCGUUGGCGACGCCGGUUCAGAGACCCAAGGCGCCCAAGCCGUCAAAGUUGUAG